ACCGCAGAAGACAUAAAUGUAGUCCAUAAAUGUAAUUUGUUACAUCUUUUAGCAGUUUCUCCACCACGAAGUAUACAUAUCCCCUAUUUCAGUUUAUUCACUGUUUAGUGCUAGGCGGAGAAGAAAAUUUACCGGAGAUGAAGAAUUAAAUACGAAAAAAAUGCGAAUGGUCGAUAUGGUGUACUGGAACCCGAAAAAGGAAAAGGGUAUGUCCCGCCACCGGGCUGACAAUGAGUCCAUAAUUGGGGAAGAAACUUCAACUAAUUCUAGAACAGAUAGCACUCCGAGCAAGGUUGCGGCACCACAGGUAAAAAUUGGGCCCGAUGGACGUUUGGUGAUUGACGAAGACAGCUUGGUUGUUCCUGAAGCAACUAGUGAUUCCAUUUGGGAGACCAUGAAUGAGGAUAGAAUUUCACGAAAGGUUACGUCGUUGUCAUUCCGUAAUCGAUUAUGGCGCAAGGGUACUGUAUGGACAGAAAAGGAGACAGAGCUGUUUUAUGAAAUCCUUCGCUGCACUGGUCCUGAUUUUGGUUUGAUGCAUGAAUUUUUCCCUACACGAGCGCGGAGUGAAUUGAAAAGCAAGUUUAAUCGUGAAGAGAGAACGAAUUGGGCAAAGUUGAAGGAAGUGAGUUUUCGAGUUUUUUUUGUUGAAUUUAAUUUUAUCCAAAGUAUUUUUUAUGUUGUAUUUUUCGAGGUGCUGAGCAAACCUGCACUGCUAGAUGAUGACCUUUAUGAUAGAGCAGCAGACAUUCAAAAGGAAAUUGAGAAGGAAGCAUUAGCCAAGCAAACGAAAAAGGAGAGAGAUAAGGAUAUCAAAGUUGUUUACAAAAAACGAGGUAGAAAACAGGUACACUUUUCACCUAUAGCCGUGUCUCUUCAUCUUGUAUUUUUUGGGUACCUAAACCGUGUUCAGAAGGCUGCUAGUGCUGAGGUGAACGGGAAAAACGAGUCGAUUGCUGUGAUUAUUGAAUCCUCCAGUGAAUCUUCCUCGUGUGAAAUUGAAGGUGGAGUAAAUAUUAGGUGA